AUGGUCAGUACCCAACAGUUACGAAAUUCCAUUCAAGUCAGCAUCCAGGUGGAUGUCACUUCUCACAGGCUGCUUUGUGCGGCUGCUGAAUGGAUGAAUGGUUUUGUCUUCUCCAGUGACAUUUGGUCCUCAUAUUAUGCCCUGAAAUGUUCAGAGGGCACUGGGGACCCUAAGGUCAAACAGAUCCUUCCCACUUGCAAGUAUGCUCAUUGGUUCCUGUUCAGGGACAACGUCAAGUGCACUGGGGAGUCACCCACAGGACAAAACAUCACCAAACUAAUAAAAUGUGAAUCGUCUGUAAAGUAUAACCUAUACUAACUACAUAAUAAAGGAAUAUCUCUGAGCAAUGCUGUGUCUUAUAGAACUCAGCAUACUGGGAUCUCGAAGAUUGUCACUCUGAUGGUGGCCGUUUGGGUGCUGGCCUUCUUAGUGAAUGGGCCAAUGAUUCUAGUUUCAGAGUCUUGGAAGGAUGAAGGUAGUGAAUGUGAACCUGGAUUUUUUUCGGAAUGGUACAUCCUUGCCAUCACAUCAUUCUUGGAGUUCCUGAUCCCAGUUAUCUUAGUCGCUUAUUUCAACAUGAAUAUUUAUUGGAGCCUGUGGAAGCGUGAUCGUCUCAGUAGGUGCCAAAGCCAUCCUGGACCAACUGCUGUCUGUUCCAACAUCUGUGGACAGUCAUUCAGACGUGGACUGUCUUCAAGGGGAUCUCUUUCUGCAUCGACAGAAAUGCCCGUGUCGCUUCAUUCAGAGAGACAGAGGAGAAAGAGCAGUCUCAUGUCUUCCUUAAGAACCAAGAUGAAUAGCAAUAGAAUUGCUUCCAAAAUGGGUUCCUUCUCCCAAUCAGAUUCUGUAGCUCUUCACCAAAGGGAACAUGCUGAACUGCUUAGAGCCAGGAGAUUAGCCAAGUCACUGGCCAUUCUCUUAGGAGUUUUUGCUGUUUGCUGGGCUCCGUAUUCUCUGUUCACAAUUGUUCUUUCAUUUUACUCCUCAGAGACAGGUCCUAAAUCAGUUUGGUACAGAAUUGCAUUUUGGCUUCAGUGGUUCAAUUCCUUUGUCAAUCCUCUUUUGUAUCCAUUGUGUCACAAGCGCUUUCAAAAGGCUUUCUCGAAAAUAUUUUUUAUAAAAAAGCAACCUCUACCAUCACCACACAGUCGGUCAGUAUCUUCUUAAAGACAAUUUUCUCACUUCUGUAAAUUUUAGUCUCAAUCUCACCUAAAUGGAUUGGGUCUGCCCUUUAUCUUGCCCUUUUCAUUCUACCAACAGAUCUGCACUUUGAAGUCAAUGGAAAAAUUACUCCAGUGAAUAAUAGCAGUAUAAUUAUGACUUGAUAAUAUUUUUGUAAACUUGUAGUCAUAAUAGUACUAUAUUCUUCUUAGUCUUCACCUCUUCCUUGUCUUUUAGAUCUUUAUAUCAUGCUGAUUACAAAAAUCCAGUUUUGUUUUCUAUGUUCCAUGUAUAAUACAAUCUUAAGUGAAUUUCUCUUUUUUAUUUUAUAGUAACAGAAACUUAUCCAGUUUGAAAAUCAUUCCCUAAAGCAUGCAAUAGGAAAAAGAACCUCCUGGCUGGUAAUGCCCAACUCUGUUCUGAUCAGUGGGUGGGUGAGGUAGGGUUUGAGUUGGCAAGAGCAGGGAACGGGGAUGUGCCCAGGUGAGCUCCUGUGUGUGUCCAGAUUUUAUGUUCCUAAUCCCAGUAAGGAAGAAAGCGUAGUGUGGGAGAGAAAAGAGUUGAUGACGGCAGCUCUCAAAGGUCCUCAGUGAAGUUAUUUUGGAGGCCCUUGUGGUCACAGGAUCAGAAGGCAAGGGAUAGGCAAUUGUCACCAAUGGUUGAAAGUAUGACUUGUCCCAUUUCUUCCUGUUCUGUUCUUCCAGCUUCCACAUCAGCUUCCUUUUGUGAGAAAAUAUGGAAGAGGAAGGCUAAGAGAUGGUGAAGGGACUACAUGAUUUAACUAGAUAGACCUCGUAUACAGUCACUGAACUAGUAGAUGUCAAUAAUUAUUAUUUUUUAAAAUUUUUAUUUGU